UCUGGUCUUGCUGGUGUAUCAAAAUGUCUUCAACGGAGCAGCCUCUCAGAGCUCAGGACAAUGAGGCUUUCUAUACACCGAUAUAUGUCCUGACAGCUGUGUUUGGCGCAGUCUUUAUCUUUGGACCUCUUUUGGUUAGGAAAGGACCUAAUAGAGGAAUUACAAGAUGUUGUAUAAUGCUCGCUUCUUUCUGCAUGUGGAUAUUCUGGACAACUAUGUACAUAGCGCAACUCAAUCCAUUACUGGGUCCUCGCUUGUCGAACAUAUCAUUGGCCUGGGUUGGACAUAAAUGGGGUAAACAUCCCAAACAUGUUGCAGAAUUGAGAGAAGACGGGACUUAAUUCAGUGACCUCGCUUAUAAGAGACAAUUAUUAUAAGUACUACUAACCACUAAUUACUUAUUCUA